AUGAAAUAUUUCAUAUUGACUUUAUUUGUUUUGAAUGCAUACAGUUUCUCUUUGAAUGAUGACUGGGAUGGUAUGGAAGAAGCAAUUAAUGUUUAAUAAGAUGCAAUUUUGGUAUAGAGAAUAAUUAAAUAGGAUCUAGUAGACUAAUUAGAUGUAUAUUCAGAUACUCCUAUAACAUAAUAAAUAGAGAAUCAAGUAUAGUAACUCAUGAAUCCAUCAGUUGAUACAGAUAAAACAGAAACAGAAGAUGAAUAAACGGAAGUUCAUUCUCUAGAAUACUGGUUGGAGAGAUUAGGAGAUGAAUAUUCAGACGAAACCAUUUUAUUAUAGUAAUCAUAAUAAAUUACAACAGAUGUGGAUAAUAUAAAAAUAGAAGAUAUUAAUCUAAUAACUGAAUCUUCAGUGAUUAUAAAUAAUAUAGAUUUAGAAUAUUAGGAUUAGAAUAUAAAUGAAAAUAUUUAGAUGGAAUAAUAACUAUUAAACUCACCUUUAUAAUUACAGGAAUCAUUAAAUCAAGAAGAUUAAUAAUAAAUAAAUACUCUUGAAGUAUAAAUUAAUACUUUUAAUGAUUAAUCUAUUUCUAAAUUUAUUCCAAAUUAAGAUAAUAAUGGAAUGGUCAAAUUUUUGAAUAAUAUUUAAGAAGAUUCUUAGAAUCAUAUGUAAUAAUAAUAAUAGAUUAAAGAAAUUUACAAUUUUAAAGAUUAUUCAUUCAAUAAAUAAGUUGGAGAAUAGCGUUCAAUAUAUAAUGAUAAAGAGGAUUCAACAUUGUAAGUAUUAGAAAGAGAUUAACAUAAAGAAAUUAGUAAAAAUCUUUAAUAAUAAUAUUAAAUAAAUAAAAAAGAAGCAGAAUUAAAUUAAAGUAAAUAAUCAAAAUUAAAUAAUUAACCAGAGGAAAUGUCAACACUAAAAAAAUACUUAUUAUAUACAGAUUAACCAGAAGUUAUUUCAACAGGAACAACAGAAAAAGAAAUUGAGGAAGAUAAAAGAUUGAUUAAUGCUUUUAAAUCAAUGAAUAGAAAUUAAAAUUGGGAAAUAAUAAAUAAGAAUUAAAAAAUAAAUUCAGAUGUUAGAAAUGAACAAUUAAGAUGUAAAAAUAUUUUUAUAUUCUUUUAGUUUCUAAUAUUAAUGAUUAAUAAAAAUAAUAAUAAACUUAAUUUUAAGAUUUUAAUGAAAACUAAGUGGAAAAUCCUCAUUAAUUUAUUUCAUUUAAAAGUGAUUCUAAAUUUGAAUAGGUUGAUAAUUUUAAAAUAGAAGAAAAUGUUAAAUCUAAAUAUGAUGAAUUGCCAGAAACUUAAUUGUAAUCUAAGGAAGAUAUGAAAAGAGAAAAAGAAUAAAAAAUUUGUAUAAAUACCUAUUGAAUAUUUAGAGGAAAUGUAAAAGAUAAUAGAAGAAUAAUUGAAGAAUAAGACAUUAAAAAAGAAAUCUGAGACUGAUAAAUCAUUACUUUAUGAAAGUGAAUAUCUAUAAUGGGAAAGAAUUACAUAAACUAAACCUUAUCCAGAAAUUAAUUUUGUCAUGACAUAAAAUAAUUUAAGAAAAAGAUUAUGA